UGACGUAUGCUAUCCGCCGCCUGUUGGUCUUUCACAGUUGGUGACGAGUAUUAUGAAAAUGGCCUCGACCCUGCCCGUAAACGCGAGUAUCCAGAGAAGAUGACGACGCUGAGCUCACCAAGUCAGUCAAACACCAAAGUGUCUUCUUUGAACACGUAGGUAUUGGUAAGGAAAAGAGAAAGAAAGGGACCGUCAAGAAAACACUCCGGACCGCAGUGUAUUUUCGACUGGCUGAGGAAUCACCAUGGAGGAUAUCAACUCUAACAUCAACGCGGACUUGGAGGUGCGGAAGCUCCAGGACUUGGUGAAAAAACUCGAGCAGCAGAACGAGCAGCUCCGGAGCAGGUCCACGAUGUUGUCUUCGUCCGGAGCCAUGUCGGCGAACCACAGACCCCUGAGCGCCGGGUACGACCCGUCCGCCCUGUCAGUGGGGAUGGCAGCCAGUCUGGCCGGCUUCCCUGGGGUGGGGUUCGGCGGUUCGGGCGGCUACGGUGGGUCGGUGGAGAACAACCGCUGCUCGAGACCCCGGCUGUCCUACGACGGCAUCAGCUUCAAGAGGGCGUAUGAGUGCGAGGGGGCAUCUGCUGCCACCUCUCUGUCUAGUGUGAACAACCUUUACCCAGACAACGCCGGGGGGUUGACGGCUGACGGGGAAACAUCAAUCCUAGAUGAAGUGGACAUCUUAGAUCUUGAAGACAUGGACUGUCUAAACGAAGACGAGGACAGCUGGUUAUAUGAAUCAAAACUGAACAGUCCGCUGCAAAAAACCUUGAGUCCUAUAGUGUGGUGUCGGCAAACUCUAGACAACCCGAGUCCUGAGAUGGAAUCGGCCAAACGCUCGCUCAUCCACAGGCUGGACCUCACCCUCUCAGCCAACAAGCGCAGGAGCCUGUAUGGAAGCCCUUAUCUCCAGCAGAGCUACGGGAGCCCAUAUAGCACAAAUGCAGCCAACAGCCCCUACAGCAGCGGCUUCAACUCCCCCUCCUCAACGCCCUGCAGAGUUCCCAUUGUCCGCCAGCAGCUGAUGCCCAGUAACUCUGUGCACCAGAGAAACGCAGCGGUGGAAAGGAAUCCUCCGGCGAUUAGUCCGCAGUCAUCAGUGGACAGUGAGCUGAGCACAUCGGAGAUGGACGAGGACUCAGUGGGCUCCUCGACUACGUACAAACUCAACGACGUCACAGACGUCCAGAUAAUGGCACGCAUGCAGGAAGAGAGUCUGAGGCAGGAGUACGCCGCCACGGCGUCCAGGCGGAGCUCGGGUUCUUCCUGCCACUCGCUGCGGCGCAGCACCUUCAGCGACCAGGAGUUGGACGCGCACAGUCUGGAGGACGAGGAAGAGGCGGUGCACAUGUCAUUCGCCUCCAACCUGCCCUCCAGCCGUUUCAGUCCAUCCCCUCGCCACUCCCCCCGUGUCUCCCCGAGGAACUCCCCCCGCUCGCGCUCACCCGCCCGCUCCAUCGACUACGGCCACAGCCGGGGCUCGCCGCAGCCCAUCAUCAGCCGGCUGCAGCAGCCGCGCCACUCGCUGCAGGGCCACGGCCACGACCUGCAGACCAGCGUGGUUAAGAACGAAGAAAAGCUUCGCCGAAGUCUUCCCAACCUCACGCGCUCGGCCGCCGUGACGGCUCAGUCGCCAGAGCCGGUCAAGAACAGCCGCAGCUGCGAGUCCAACCUUCAAGUGCCAAACGGCGGCUCUCCCCGACACCAGAGCCAGUCUGCCACUGCUGCUCAGCUCCCAAGAUACUCCGGUACUUCUCGUUCAUCCCCGAAACCCAAACAGCUUCUCCAAAAGCCAACCGCCCUGCGAGUCCCACUCUCCUGUUGCUUUGGAGAAGAAGGUGAUUUCAUCCCCUCUCCCAGUAAACUCCGAACUCCAGCUACGCCAUCACCACUGGCUCUGAGGCAGCCUGUAAAGGCCACAUCCACCCCCAAUUCUGCCACCUCCACCCCGACCCGCUCGCUGGCUCCGCCCCGCAGCGGCCUUCCUCGACCGAGUGCUGCUGCAGGAGGAGGCAUCCCUCUGCCUCGCAGCAAGCUGGCUCAACCAGUGCGCAGAUCUCUUCCUGCUCCUAGAGCUUACGGCAGUACAGGCGACAACUGGAGAGAAGGUUGUUACUGAGCCGAGCCAGCAGGGGGCGCUCUCCGGCCACACUAUCAACAGAAGGAAGGCGACAACACAACUCGGCACUUUAUGUACCUACAUAAGAUUUUCCUUAAAGAGGCAGACAAACGUGUAUAAAUCAGAGUUUUAAAAAGGAGAGGAGAGACUCCACAGUGUGUCAAAGGGCGUCCAUCCCAUCGUCGUUCUCUGGGGGGACUGGCUCUGCGGGGGACGGGGGCCCUCAGGCGUCUAGUGCGGCCUACACAGAAAAUGCCAAAGAACCCAGAAGAGGACAUGCUGCCUGCAGUCAUGUCUCCAUGCCUGGCCUCCCUCCUGCCGCCUCUGCUCUCCUGUCACCUCCCUCAGGUUGAAAUGUUUCCACACAUUUCUGUUCUUCUGCUCUGUGUUCAGCAGGUGUUGGUGAGUGGUCUCUAUGACGAUGGUGUGCAGGUGAACUGUCCCGUGAUGUUAAGAGAAUUGUUUGAUGUCUUGCAACAGUGAAAGCACCUCUCUAGUGUGGGUUGAACUCUUUAAUCGUUCCUCUCAUAAAGUUAAAAAAAAUAUAUAUUAAAAAGUCAGCCAGAAUGUAUGCACAAGUUUGUUUUACAAAUUAUUUAUUCAAAUUAUUUAAGAAGCAUAUGUCCAAACAUCCAUAUCAGUAUUUUGAAUUAAAAAAAAAAUUCUGUUUCUUGAGAAUGUUCACUAUGAACCUCAGCUGCAAGCUAACUCUCCAAAGCCUCAUUUUGGUCUUGAAGCGUCAGAUAAGUUCUGGUGGAAAACCAGAGUGAGGGAUGCCUCAGUUCUAUAACGCCCCCUACAGGGCAUUUCUCACAGUGCUCAGUUAAAGGACAGCUCAUCAAUAAACAGAAGUUGUAUUGGUUUCCAGAACCUGACUCGUUUUCUUUUUUGUUGUUAUGGAGAAGUUAUCACUGUCACCCAUUCAGCUGAUGCAACCAAGACAACUCUAAUGUUUCCCAGUGAUCUGUGUGUGUUGUUCAAGAGGGGAAAAAUAAAAGGACUUGAAAAUAGUUUGAAAGGUUUUGAUAGGCUUUCACAUGACAUGCUACAUGAAUCAAGAAAGGCAUGCCGGUGUUGGGACUGGUGUUUGGGUCAUUGCUUUGGUGAGUGUCUUCAACCAGUGCCUAUAAUUUAAAAUGUCACUUGAGUUUAUGAUUUGUGCCAAGAUCUUUUUUUGCCAAUGAUGUUUUCAGCUUUGCAUCUAUGCCUGGUUAAUAUGCUUGCCUGUUUGUUUUUGUAACUAAAUCAACACACUUAAUUGCUUUAAAGUGUUCCUUUUGCCUUUGUAUUUAUAUAUAUAAAAAAUACUGGUUCUGUAAAUGAAACUAUUUAUUAAAGAGAUGGGUGCCUCUGUCAAAGCUCAGAUUUGGUGGGAAGCCAGGAUGAAUGUUGCAAAAAGAAAUAUAGCACACACUUUGUGUGAACCAUUUUUUGUUAAUGAACCUUUUUUAUAGCCACAACCAUACCAUUUGGUUUUCCUGUGUAAAGUCACAUUUCAAAUAAAACUUUAAAAGUUUCCUUUC